CAGUCAUCAUCUAUAUCGUUGCGUUAUGAACGACCAGCCACCGCCUUUGGACCGAAAUGACGGUUACAGAUCAAACUCUCCCAAAAGGAAGAAGGCAAGGCAAAAGUAUGCACCGAAAGCAUGUGUAUCGUGCAGGAGGUCAAAGCUGAAGUGCUCUGGCGACAACCCUUGCCAGCGAUGCCGGGACAACGGCAAGCGCUGCUUCUUCUCAGAAGACCAGACGGCAGCUGAGGCCUUGCAAAACCUCAGUCGCCCUUCAAUACCACAGCGGACUUCAACGUCAACACCGAUCAGCAGUGGUAUCGGCCUCGCGCGACGCACGAUCAUACCAAGACACCAGAACAACGAACGGAGAGCCAGUGAUGCCACUGCUCUUGGGCUGUCCAUGGAAGCGAGGAUGUGUCGCAUCGAGUCUAUGAUGGAGGCACUACUUCAAGAGCGUACCAUGCAUACGACACCUAGUGCAGGGCUCCUCCGCGAGAACGGCAUUGAUAUCGCCCUGUCCACAUCAAUUGCUGACUCAGUUAGCCCAGGCCAGGCGUUCUUGAGCCAGCCCUCGCAGGCAAUUCGAUCUCAAGAUCCCAUAGACCCUUUGCUAGAUACGGAUACAGCCAAUGUGCGGGUGGGCAAUCGCAACCUCGUGUUUCCGGAUCCAGCCAUCUAUCAGAUUUACACUGAUACCUUCUUUCACGACAUCCAUUGCUAUUACCCAUGCGUCGAUGAGCAGAAUUUCCGAAGCCGCAGUCAAAACAUGUUAGCAGUACCCGAGGUGCAUCCAGACGAUGUGUGCUUCCUGGCGCUAAACUACAUCACAUUCGCAUUUCACGCCGUCUCGAACGAGACCACAGCACCUGGCUACGAAAGCAAACCCCCAGGGUGGCACUGGCUUCAAAUUGCCGAUGAGGUCGUCGGCAAGCGACAGCUUGUUGGGCGCGGUGAUAUUCAUCUGGCCCAGUUCUUGCUGUUCAAGGUGCGUACAUCUAUCGCUUCACCUCUCUUGUGGCAGAACAUACAGCUGCGCUAUUGGGCGCAUUGUAUUCUCCACAGGCUCCUUCAGUCUGCAAGAUCUCUGACGAGCACAUCUGGAUGCUUCCCGUAGGGAGAGGUCUGCCUGCCAUAUACUGCACGCUAGUUGAUCAGCCUAGUCUCGCUUAUAAUACAAUAGGCCUGGCUAGCCGCUACACACUCCAGCACGGUCUGAACCUCGAAGCCUCAUGUGCAGGAUUAAACGUAUGGGACUCGUUUGAGCGCAUACGGGUGUUCUGGAAUAUCCUUAUCGUCGAUCGCCGCAUA